CACUGAUCAUCAGGGCACUGAUGAUCAGUGUGCCCCGAUGAUUAGUGUAGCCCCAUCAGUGCCAGCUGUCAGUGCUCAUCAAUGUUACCUGCCAGUGCCCAUCAGUGCCACAUCAAUGCCACAUAUCAGUUCCUACCAGUGUACAUCAAUGCCACAUAUCAGUGGCCAUCUGAGCUGCCUUUCAGUGCCACCUAUCAUUGCCAGCCAGUGCCACCUAUCAGUGCUGUCAAUCAGUGCCGCCUAUCAUUGCCAGUCAGUGCCACCUAUCAGUGCACAUCAAUGCCGCCUAUCAGUGCCCGUCAUCAGUGCCACCUAACAGUGCCAGUCAGUGCUGCCUGUCAGUGCCACCUAUCAGUGCUGCCUAUC